CUGGCGGUUGGUAAGAUGGCGGAAGAACGGUCCAGGACCGGGAUCGUGUCCGGUUGGAGCGCUCGGACAAGCUGGGUGAUUCCUCCUCACUCUCGCCGCUUUGCGGGGCUGGUGGACGAGCCGGAGGGGUGUCAGCUGCUGCUCAGGAUUCUGGAGGGGCUGCCCUUGAAAGCGAGUUUGUUGGAGGGAGUGGCAAAUGUCCAGUGUCAGCUACGACUCACCCUUUUCGAUGCCACAUAUUCCCAUUUCUUUGGUAGAACCUGGAAGAGUCCCCUACAGCCCAUAAAAUAUGCCCAUGGCCAGCCAGCCAAAGUGUUCUUCAACCAGGUAGUUUAUUUCCAUACAUCCCUAAACUGCAGCCACAUUGCAAUCAUUGUGGAAGUGGUGGCUAUUGUGAAGAAGCGUGAAGGUAAUGAACGUGUCUUCUCAUGUGGGUUUGGAAUUCUGUACUUGAAAAACAGGCAGAAGCAUACAUCAGAUGCAGCUAAAAAUCAAAGUGUUAAAAGCUCCAGAUUGAGUCUCUAUCAUGGUACUCCGAGGGCAUUGCUGCAUCCAGCAUUACAGGACCCCAUUGAGAAGAAUAAGUUUAUGACGUUGAUUGAAGGCAGCACCAUUUUUUACUCACUUUCAUCACAUCCUCCCCUGAUGGAAGCUAGUCACCUCAUCCCAGAAAACAUGUUGGUCUCGGGGACAGAAACAAUUCCUGGGGUGGUUGCACCUUCUAAGCAGACAAGCAAUGUUUUGAAGAAACCUAAUUUAAUGAAGACUAUAACAUGCUACUUGGACAAGAUGUCCCUUCAGCUGUACCCAACGCUGGAGAAGUUCGAAGAAGAGCUGGUGGAAUUGCUUAAUGCAGACAGAUUGCUUAAGAAUGACCAAGUGUCUGAUGGAAGCACAGUUGUUAUUCAAGAACGAAGGCUACAUGUUUGUGUUCACAAUGGCUGGUGCUAUGUUCAAAAGCCGCAGGUGGUGGUUUUGAUACCUGGGACGGUGCAGAGAAAAUCUGGGAGCUUCUCCAAAAGUUUGCCAAAAAGGUCUUUGGUCCUCAGGAGCCGUAUCCAGCUGAAAGAAUUGGUAAAACACCCAAUGUUUGGUAUAGUUUUCCACCUGGAGUAUGUGUUCUCCAGCUCCACAGGAACAGAUGGAAAGUUGUCCUCUUCUACCACCUCCUUGGAUAAAACUACAUACAUGCAAACACUGCGGUGGGCUGUUUGGAAUCCGUUCUUAGAAUCCGAUACCUCUGAUGUAAUGGUGUCACUGCAUGGCGGACCUUCACCUAAUCCGAGCAAUUUGCUGGUUUACAAAACUCCCUCCACUGAGAUGAGCUCGGAUGAGGUAAAGCGGGUGGAAUCAGGCACUAUAACCUUCCGCUUCUCAAGCCGGACAGAUAGGCACACAGGCACUACUGUCAAACUAUCCAGCGUGUCUAGGAAAUCAAGCCGAACACGAGGAUCACAAGUACAUUCUUUGUUCAGCAGAAAAGUCUCAGAUGCUUCUGAAUCUGAACGUGGGCCAGCGGAACCUAACGGCAGUACCGUUGAUAAGGACUUCAGUGCUGCUCCAGAGUCUCAUACAGUUGAACAGUUGCAAGAAUUGCCUUUCACACCAGUGCAAGCGCCAAUCCUCGCCCUGGGAAUAGAUGCUGGAGGGACUACCACUGUGACUUCAAGAGCAGCUUUAGCGCAGAUGCAUGGUGUUGGCUUCCCUGAGAUCCUAGAUGAUAACAACGAGCUGGCAACAGUGAUUGACCCUGAUGAGCUUUCAAACUUUAAUCUGCAGAGGGAGAAAGCAGACCAUCUUCAGUGCAAUGAGAUAAUUCUGCAAUUUCUGGCUUUCAGCAGAAUAUUUGAGGGUAGUAAUCAGCCAGGAUCAGUCUACUUUACCUUUCAGUUUUAUCGCUUCCCACCGGUAACAACACAGCAGCUGAAACUUGUGAAAAUGCGCAAUUUGGAAAAGGGAACUUCGAAGUCUACACCUCUCAUCCUUGUGCCACUCAACAAAAAUGGCACUGGUAAUUUAAAUACUCCAGGGUUGGAGCUGAAAUUCAUGGUGGAGCCAAGUUACAUGAAGGAAGGAGAACAGCGCUGGUUUAUGCAAUACCUGGCCAUGCAGACAUUGCAGAUUGAUGUUUGGGAUGCAGAAUCCUUGCUUCUGAUUGGCACUGCUACUGUGGAACUAAAGUAUUUGCUACGCCAGGGUCGCACUGCAGUCCAGGUUUCUCAUGAACUGGCAGUCAUAACCACAGAAUAUCCCCUGGAUGUACCAAUGGCUUUGGCUGACAUCACAAAGCAUGGCACUGUUAAGCCUUACGGAGUGACGACAAUAACAAAAGGAAGACUUCAUAUGCGCUUAGGGAAUGUUGGUCACCAACCUAAGCGAUCAGCAAAGAACCCUCUGCCUGCUCCUCAGUCAAGGAUCGUCUCCUCCCGCGAUGGUACUAGCAGCUUUUCCGGUGGAAGCUUGUCUACAGAGAACAUGAAGAGACUCAGUGCUCAUAACAUGUAUAGAGCACAGCGUAUGGUAGACCUGGACAGUGAACUGGCCUCGGUCAUUUUCUCUAGAGCGCGAAUUAACAGCUUUGGUCAACAAGAGCUGGAGAGCGAUGCAGAUAUUGUUCAGAAACGGAAGCUGAAAAGGAUGAUGGCUGUCCGGCAUAUCGAGUCCGGUUUCGAUCUUAAAUCAAAGACCCACAUUCUGGCAAAACAUGAGGAGCAAAUCCACCACAAGAGAGACUUACAGAUCAUAGAAGCAUAUCGUGAGCGGAUUAAAAUGGAAAGUAUCAGCAGGAUGUUGUCCCAGGCCAUCACCACGGAGUACACGUUGUACGCCACCCUUGGACGUGCUGAAUUUUUUGAAUUUUCCCUGAAAAAUCCCUACAGCAUUCAACACACAAUAACUAUUGAAAGCGAACAUCCAGAACUCAGCGUCAUUGUAAACAGCAGAGAAUGGAAGCACUUCAAGAACCUCACCAAAACACUGACCCCGCUGGAGGAGGACAUGUUCCAUGUUGAAGGAGGAAUACAGUUCCCACAGAUCUACCUACGGCCAAAGGAGACUGUCUAUAUCCCGUUUAAAUUCCAGACCUUCUGUGCUGACCACUCUAUCACUCCACAGGGUCCGGCUGAUGGGAAACUUCCAAAAAAGAAUGUGGUUAAUCAGCAGCAGCCUAACUCCACACCCAAGAAGAUUGAAGUGUCUUUUAAAAUUGAAAACCAGAAGCCGAUUGCCAUCCUACAGGUGAAUGUUGAAGAUCAGCCGUAUGUUAUUGAUCAGACAUUUCGCUUCUAUCAUCCUGAGCUUACAUUCUUGAAGAAAUCUAUCCGCCUACCUCCACUGCAUGCUUUGUCAGGUAUGACAGUACAAUCGCCAAAUUCUGAAUUUCAGAUCCACGUUCGCUGCAGUGAUUUCAACAUCAUUUGUGAAACAAAGAAAGUGGCCCUCAAUGAGCCACAGGAUGUCUUCCUGAAAGUGGCAUGUGGUCCCAGUCCAGAGGUCAAGAAGUUCUUUGUCAUUGUUUACAUGGACCCUUGGUUGGCUGUGCCCAUCCAGAUAUGGCAGUUCUAUUUACACUCCCUUCAACGGAUAGAUGUCAACUGUGUGGUUGGGGAGCUUACUCAACUCUCACUAGUCCUGCGAGGGACACAAGCUGUCCGAAAGGUAGCUGCUUACACCUCAAAUCCUGAGGAACUUCAGACUGUACCAUCAGAUGUCUUCUUGCUUCCACCACACACUGUGAAGGACCUGCACAUUAGUAUACGGCCUCAGAAAGAAGGAGAUAGGAGUAUCUACCUGAAUGUCGUGGAUGUAGAUUUCCGACAGUUGGUUGCGUCCUGGCUUAUCUGUUUAACUUGUAGGCAGCCCCCUAUCUGCAAGGCUUUUGAGAUCUCUAUUCCCGUCGGAGAAGGGAAAGGUAGUAACAAGCGCAUCAGUUAUACCAAUCCCUACCCUAACAAAAGGAUGUACUUCCUGCAGACCAACCGCCCUGAUUUACUCCAGUACAAAGAGGACUCUUUUGAGCUUGGUGGUGGAGAGACGUACCACAUAGGCCUUCGGUUUGCACCAGGCCAGAAUCCUGGCAUGGAGGAAAUCCUGAUUCUAAUUAAUGACCAGGCUGAAAAGAAUGAAGCAACUUAUUGCGUGAAAAUUACAUACCAAUAAAAACUAUAAGUGCCUGAUACCCCGUCGUGUUUGAUGUGACUGCAUUUUGAAAAGAGACAAGAACCUUUACCUCAGCCUCCACAAGCUCACUGGAAGAACAGUCACGCUAAAGCCUGGUGUGCAUAUCCCGGAAUGUCAACAGAAUGACUCUUGGAUAAAGCAUGACUGCUGCCCAGGAAAAGGUUAAAACUCCACUUUAAAUUUCCGUACAAGUGACUUUUCCCUGACUUGUGCCCUGCUUCAGAUUAGAUAUAAUGAUUGGUAUUAUAUCAUGGGCCGCAAUCACUCCAUUCAUGAUUCAGUCUCUGGCUCCAAUCGCAAAAUAGUUCUCUCCCAAAAUGUUAAAAAGUCUUUACCCUUUAGCGAUCUUAGUGAUAGAUCGUAUAGGAGCUUCAUGCCUGACUUAUCUCUACAACUGCUUAUUACUCCUUCCAUAGUGUUGCCUACCUCCCACCCUCCUCACUCCCAUUGCAUUAUCUACAUUUUUGUUACCUCAAGGUUCCCCUCCUCCAACAUACUCCUCACCCGUCUCCCAAGCUCCAUUAUAAACAAACCCCAAAUCACUCAGAACUUCACCUUCCAUCUACUGUCCUGCUCUAAGUCCUCUCACUCAUCACCGAUCAUCGCCAACCUCUGAUGACUUUCAGUUUCCGGCACUUAAAACUUAAAAUCCUUGUCCUCAUUUACAAACCCCUCCAUGGCCUUACCCUACCUGACCUCUUCAACCUCUACAGCCUUGUGUCUUAACUCAUAUCUUACUGUCUUUCAGCUGUGGCCUCUGUGUAUCGUCUCACCCAAUGCUUGUCACUCGAUGGUGGAGCCAGCACCUGUAAUGACCCAGUUCUCCGAAGUUUGGUCCUUAAGUCCCUUUGCUUCAGUCCUCCUCUUCCUGUUUUCAAAAUCCUCUUCAAAAUGUGCCAUGGCUUAUCUUUUCAAAAUCUACUACUGUAAUUUGGUCUGUGCUCUCCAAUGUGAAUCACCUCAGGACAUUUUAUGAUGUUCAAGAUGCCACAUAAAUACCAGCUGUUGCUGCUUAUUGAUGCUUUAUUUAUAAAAGAAAAAAAGGCAGAAUGUUCUCAGGUGGAAGGACCCUGAUUAACAACUCCCAAUGUGCAUCUUAAAAUGAAGCUCUUGCUGGUACCCUCACCU